CCAAAAAAAGAAGGCUUUCUCUCCGUUUCAUGGGCACUCUCUCGCAUGCUGCGAUCGCCCCCAGACUCGCCGCCCUCCACCACCACCGCGCUUCCCAUGGACUUUCGCAUCCGAGUUCGCCGUCUCUGAGGCUGCCUACUUCCAAUGGAGUUGCCAAGAAGAGCCGCGUCGUCUUCGUUCAGAGCAAGAGCCACAACCAGCACAUCGAUUUCAGCGAUCCUGACUGGAAAUCCAAGUUCCAGAGGGAUUUCGAGAGGCGCUUCAACAUCCCUCACAUCACUGACGUCUUCCCCGACGCUGUUCCCAUUCCUUCCACCUUCUGCCUCAGGAUGAGGACUCCGGUGAUAGAAGACUUUGCAGGGGGCUACCCAUCGGAUGAAGAGUGGCAUGGUUACAUAAACAACAACGACCGCGUACUUCUCAAGACUAUAUACUAUUCGUCACCUACAUCUGCUGGUGCUGAAUGCAUUGAUCCUAACUGUACGUGGGUGGAGCAAUGGUAAUUAUUUCUCUCUACUCUCUUAUAGUUGCUU